UUUGUCGAUAGGCGAUCGCGAGGUGGAAAGUGCUGUUGUGGUACCGCAUUUUUUCAAAGAUGUCCCCAAAGAAUUAAAUAGCGUUCAUACGCGUUUUGAAUCGUCGUUCGACGGCAUGUGUACCACUGAUGAAAUGGUUAACGAAUUUGUGAAUUGUGAUAUUGGACUAUCCCGCGAUGUGUCGAAAAGACGUACUUUAAUGUUUCCAUAGUGAACGUGAUUGGACAUUUCAACAAGUGAGGGAUCUUAGCUUUAAUCAUAUUGUUGAUCGCGGCAAAAUAUGUCAUUAGAGUGGGACAUAAAUGACGCCCACAUACCCUUCGUUCAGGAUAUUUGUUACGACAAAUUUCACGAGUGGGCCGAUGGCCACUGCCGGUAUGUGUACGUCCUAACGGACGACCAAGCGCGAAAGCACAUCUCCGGCUGGGCGAUGCGAAACACCAACAACCACAACGUAAGCAUCCUGAAGAAAAGCUGCCUCGGUGUUCUGAUCUGCUCGACACGAUGCCGUCUUCCGAACGGGAGUCAAAUACACCUGCGACCAGCAAUAUGCGAUAAAGCCCGCAGGAAACAGCAGGGACGCGCUUGCCCCAAUCGUAACUGCAAAAACGGUCGCCUCGAAAUACUGGCCUGUCGAGGUCACUGCGGAUACCCCGUGACACACUACUGGCGGCAUACGGAGAAGGCGAUUUUCUUCCAGGCUAAAGGAACCCAUGAUCACCCAAAACCCGAGUCGAAAACUUCUGGAGAAACAAGGAAACUAGUUGGGGCGUGUGGUAAAACGAAAAAGAUGUCAGUUAUGCUGCUACGGGAUGCUGCAUUGGGAAAUAAGCUUCUGCAAUUGAAAAACGGAAGUAAAUCGAACACAGCCAACCAUCCAUCAGCGGAUAUUUUGCAACCACCUCCGUUGAUUCCGGAUGCAAGCCUUGAAAAAUCUAAAUGCCGGUCUUGUUUCAAAGUUCAGUGUUGUUGUAGAAUCCCAAAUGCCCCGAAAAGCACUCAUACACCGGAGUCGAAUUUUCCGUACCUGGACAGCAGCUUCGCCAGUACACCUGGAACCACGUGGCCAUGCCAUGCGAACGCACCAAAUAGCCAUUCGUAUGAAACUACCAGUUGCAUGAACCCACCUGAUUUUUCCAGCUGUUCUGGUAGCACGAUUGAAAAUUUCCAACCGGAAGAGAUUUUCUUGUUGGAUCAACCUUUGAGAAGCAGUUCACAGCAAUCAGCCAACAUUAUCGCGCCAGCGACAACACUACUGGAUCUUGGAAGUGGAGCCAUUUAUAAAAAAUGUAAUCAACUCGCACCGGAUUAUUUCAUUGGCGGAGCUGGAAAUACAUUCAACGAUACUUACCUGGGACAAAGCAUAUCUUGCGGAGGUUCGAAUACUUUUGAAAAGUGUAUCGGGUUUACGAACAAAACUGUCAGUACGCAUACAACUCAUGGCGCAACGAAUUUAGCGUACGCUUCGGAUAUUACGAGAAAUAUCAAAAAGGAAGCUACUACUAAACUUUGCGAUUACGACUAUGCUCAACGGGCGCGAUAUGACUGUGAUAAUAAACUGAACUGUAAAAAAGCUAGUAAAUCCGUCAAUACAAUUUACAUGAACAACAACAACGGCACAUCUAAUCAGUAUGAAAGACCUCAAGGAACCUAUAAUUCAUGUGACGAUGUCAAUUACGGCUUCUCCAGUGAAUCCGGUGCAUUUCAACAUGGCUAUAAUUUGAACUAUAUUCCUCCCGGCGGAACUAAUUCUUCGAAUGUCGAAGCGAUAAGUUAUAUGAGUGAGGAAUGCUAUCGAUAUUCAAAUAAUGGUUACUCCAAAACCGGGCUAGAAAACACUGGUCACGUUUCACAGCAUCAACAAAUGAGCACAGAAGGUCCCAUUGCUUCGUACGAUUUUUACUAAACUUAUUCGCUAAAGCUUUAAGUUAUGCUCAGUA